AUGAUUCUACCAAAAUUGGUAUCGUUUAUAAGUUUUGCAUUCAUUUCUUCUCAAAUUGUUUCAGGUAAGCCAAUUAUUGGUGUUCCUGAAGACCAGUUGCAUUUAUAUCAACCUAUAACUGAAGGUAAAGAUAUUGGGAAAUGGCGUUGUAUUGGUGCUCCUACAGUUUUAUUGAAUUAUAAUCAGAUCAAUGACGGUAUUUGCGAUUGUCCUGAUGGAUCUGAUGAACCAGGUACCAAUGCUUGUGAGAAUAGGUUAUUGUUUUAUUGUAAGAAUAAAGGUUUCUUACCUAGAUACAUAUCUACCAAUAAAGUGAGUGAUGGUAUUUGUGACUGUUGUGAUUGUUCCGAUGAAAGUUUUGUGAUGGAACCACCUGCUUAUAAGGGUAGUGACUGUUUGACUUUGCAAAAUGUCUAUAAUCAUUUGAUUGAAGAGGAAACUAAUAUCUUUGCAGAAGGUGCUAAAGCUUUAGAAGAUUUGAAAGUUAAACAUUCUAUAAGAUCCAUUGAAGAUGAAUUGGCUAAUGGUCAAAAGGAAAUGGAAACAUUAAAUGUUACCGUUAACAAUCUAAGAAAUCAGUUAAGUGAUUAUGAAAGUUUAUUAGUUCAAGAAAGAACUAAGUAUGAAGAAGAUUUAAAGAAAAACAAUCCAAUUUUAUAUGAGUUUGAGAAAAUGGAUAUGACUUAUUUAAGUCAGGUAGUAAAUUCAACAUUUGAAGAAGUUGGAAAAAUUAGUAAUGCUUAUCAUGAAAUAAUUAAAAUUAUGGAUAAAUUAUCAAGCUCUUAUACACCUUCUUUGAAAGAUCGUGUUGUUAAUGAAAAUGUUGCUAAUUUUGCUAAACUUUACAAAGAAAGUUUGGAAAAAAUAAAAACUGAUCCAAAUAUUGAUACCGGUUUGAAAGGCCAAUUGGCUGAUUAUUUCUUAGUUGAACUACCAAAAUUAUUUACUGACGGAAAAUCAGAUGACACAGCUAGAUAUGUUUUAGCUAAAAUUACAUUCGUCCGUGCAUUAGCUCUAGGUAAAGUUGAUUAUAGUGUCGAGAUUGUUAAUGCAAUUGAUAAAAUUCGUGAAAUGCUAAAUGAUAUUUCAGAGAAUUAUAAUGUCAACUUUCAAGAUAAAGGUGUUAUUGCGGCUGUCAAUUCUUAUAAGGAUUAUCUAGGAAAAUACGAAUCUUCUUUGAAAACUUUAGUGUUACCAGAAAAUUUUAUUAAAGAAAUUGACGAACUUUAUAAAUUUGUUGAAGAGAAUAUUCCAAAGUUAACUACUUCACAAGUAGAACAUGGUGCGGAGGGUGAGACUGAAAACGAAGAGAGCAAUGAAAUGAUGGGAUUAUCAUGGGGCGGGAUAAUGAACAAAAUUGGAGGCCUAUUACCUAGAGACUAUCAAAGUUCAUUUGGAUCUACAAUUCUUUCAUUGAAGAAUCAAAUAUCUACACAUGAAAAUGAAGCAUUAAAAUUGAAAGAAAGGAUCAAAGGAAUUGAAGAACAAAUGAAAGAUAAGGAAGAAUUAUUUAAUAAAUUUGAUGAUUUGAAUGAUGAAGAUAAGGUAUUAUUAGAGAUUAAAGAAUUGAUUGAAAAAAUGAAGGAUUUUUCUAUCACUGAUAAGAUUGAUAAUUAUUCAUACGAAAUAAGUCUAAAUCCAAAAGAAAUGGGAUCAAUUUUACAAAAAGAGACCAAAGGAAAUCAAAAAACAGUUAGUCUUGGUGAAUUGCAAACGAUUAAAAUGGACAAAACAUUUUCAUUAAUCAAAUUUGUCGAAUAUUUAAAAUUAAAAUAUACCGAUGAAGAUAUCAUGUUACAUUUGAUUAAUGAAAACGGUAAAAUUGGAGAAGAGAUCUAUCUGUUUGAUAAUUUGCAAGACAUCAAUAACGGUUUGAUAUUUGAAUACGAGAAUGGUGAUAAAUGUUGGAAUGGACCACAUAGAUCAGCAAGAGUAUAUAUGAGAUGCGGGAACACAUUUAAGAUCCAUGGAGUUCAAGAGACCACAAAGUGUAAUUAUAUAAUUGAUGCAAGCGGACCAUUAGGAUGCAACUCAACCUUUGCAUACAACAAAGACAUCCAAAGACAAAUAUAA